UCAUGUUUGGCUGCAUUUAUCAGCUAUGGGACUGGUUGGAGGCGCCACCGCUCUUCACAGCCGCCACCAUGGACGCCAAGAAGCUGCAACAGUUGCAAGCGGCAACCGCGCAGCAGCAGAAGAAACUGCCACUGGCCUAUCAAACGAACCUCAUCGACUAUCGCACAGCCACACACUCGCCGGCACUAUACCAGCAAUCGCCAACAGCCACCUCCUCCAGUGGUGGUCCACUAUCGCCUAUUGAAAUGCAGCCACAGGCCAAGCACGGCAUGCUGAAGCAUGGCCAUGGAGGUACAUCGAGCAGCUCCCAUAGCUCGCCCUAUCAUCAGUCAUACAGCAGCAGCGGCGGCGUCGGAGGUGGACGCGAGGAGCAGCUCUAUCAGUCACCCACGGAGCGCACAUAUUUGGCCGCCGCUGGCCGACUGCAGGCGAGCAACGCCACGGCCGGCCAUCAUCCCAUUUCAGCACUGCAGGCGCAAUACCAACAACUACAGCAGGCGAAAAUGCAAGCCCAGUUGGCCACGCAGAACGAGGCAGUGCAACAACAGCAACGUACAUUUGCUAUGCGACAGGCGCUCAAUCCCCCCACAGGUCAUUAUCACAUGAGUCAAUCGGCCAGCAUGGUAUCGAACAUAACGCUGCAACAGCAACAACAGCAGCAGCAACAGCAGCAACAACAGCAACGCGCGCCGCCUUCCACGCUAAACCUACCAAAUCAAUAUCAACCGGCCACGGGACCAUUGAAGGUACAGCAAAAGAUGCCGCCACACUACCAAGAGCAAUUGUACGCACAGCAGCAGCAACAGUUGCAGUUGCAGCUGCAACAUCAGCAACAGCUUCAGCAACAGCAGCAGCAGCAGCAACAACUUCAGCAGCAGCAACAACACCAGCAGCAGCAACAACACCAGCAGCAGCAGCAGCGGCACAAGUCGGAUAUGCAGACUCCGGGCAGCGAGCACGGACCCGUCUAUAUACAGCAGAAUCAUCCGGGGCACGUGGUCAAUCAGGCCUGCCAGACACAGAUAUCGGCGGUUAAGCCUGUACCCGGUAGCGCAGCUACGGCUGCCACCAGUGGUACCAACAAGUCAACGCCCAGUUCGGAGGAAUCCACAGCCACGUCAUCGACGAAAAGUCCCACGCAUGCACCAUUGGAUCGCAAGAAGAGUGCCGGUUCCAUACAGGCCCUCAAGUCUCCUAUAACGAAGCGACCGCCGACAUCGCAUGUCGCGCUCUCUGGCUGGCUGCAUAAACAGGGCUCCGAUGGCCUGAAAGUGUGGCGCAAGCGUUGGUUCGUUCUCGCCGAAUAUUGCUUGUACUACUACAAGGGUCCUGAGGAGGAGAAGCUAUUGGGUUCGGUGCUCCUGCCCUCGUAUCGGGUUUCGGCUUGCCUGCCCGAGGACAAGAUCUAUCGGAAGUUCGCUUUCAAGUGCGAGCAUCAGAAUAUGCGCACUUACUGGCUUGCAGCUGAAACUGCGGAUGCUAUGAUGCAGUGGGUACGCGCUUUAACUGCCGCCACCAUGAUGCAGGCUCCUAGCAGUGGGGAAUCGGAUCAGACAUCGCAGCCGAGCGUAAGCUCGUCACUGAAUCACAGCGGCGAAAAUUCCGAUUCGGGCAUACACACCUUGCAAUCCCAGCCGGGUAAUGGAAAAUUGAGUCAGGGACAGGUUACGCCCGCAUCUGAUAAUACCGGCGGUACUCAGAGUGCUACUGGCAAUGCUGCUGGCGGUGGUGCACAGCCCCUUUACGCCAAUGCACCGCCCAAGCCGCGACGCAUCAACGACGGCGGCUACUCAUCGCCAUCUCCCGAACAAUCCUUUGAAAACGAGAACAAGCACCACUCGACCCAUCACUCUAGUCGCCGCAGCGGUAUCAUGUCGCCCACGCAGCAGCUCUACCAACAGCAACAGCAGCAACGAUCUCAGCAGCCGCAGCAGCAUCACGCCAUCUAUGAUACACGCACUGGUCAUGUUUCAACAUCUCUGGCGCAGCAGCACUACGCGCUAGACACUCUCGAGGCACAAUUCCAGCAGCAAUUGGCAUUGGCCGGCGGCGGCGGUGAACUGCCCAUUUCCCCGAGCAACUAUAUAGAUAUGGAGGAGCAGAUAGCGCGUUUGCAACAGCAGCGUGCUGCUGAGGAGAUCUAUGGCGAGCGUGAACUCUACAUGGCCAAGCUACUACAACGUGGCUAUCCGGCUGCACAGCUUCAAGCGGAAAGACGAACACCGGACGCAUAUGGACGCUCCAAGCAGCGCAUGUUUGCCGCCGACUAUGAGGACAUUUACAACAUGUCACAGUUGGCCGGUAAUGGUCCGACUUCGGCGCAAGAAGCACUGCUACAGGAGGCAGCCAGCUAUAGGAGACCCCUUAGCCCACCCAGCUAUGAUGGCAGCAAGCAUGUGCCGGCCAUGCCGUCGCGUUACACGCCCAACCAUUUAGAGCCCACACCGGCUGAUCAACUAAUCAAUAACUUGGACAUGCGUGCACGUUCUGCGGCUUCCAUUGUGAGGCCGCACUCCGCCGAUUUUCUGGAGUAUGAAGCGCGUGCAGAGGCAGCAGCGGCUGCUGCGGCUGCCGCCCAAAUGAGUGCUGGCAAGCACGAGGCGGGACGUGCUCCUCGACCGAAGUCUAGCUUGGACAUCAAUCGUACGCCCGACAGCUUCUACUACUCGGAGGCCAGCUAUGCGGAAAAAAUGAGGAAGAGUGCGCUAUAUUUGCAAAGCGGAGGCGCCUCUGCUCAGCCGCAGCAGGCGGGCAGCUAUCGCACUGCCUCAGGCAUGGACUUCGGCCAGGGCAUGGGCAUGCACACCAUUGGUUAUGAGAAUCCUUACGAGCGUGCCUACAAGCGGCAGGAAUUGCUCGCAGAAACCCAAGUGCAAAGCGGCGCCAGCAUGCCCAGAAUGAGUCGUUCGGCCAGUCAGGGAGCGGGUAGUGGCGGCGUGAGAUCUGCCUCCACACAUGCGGCACAAUCGCCCUCAUCGCAAGAGGACCUGCCGCCCCUCAAUGUGCAUCCUGGUUCGAUAUUUCCGCCUUCGAUGUCCACACAAGAGAUAAUCAAUAAAAAUGAGCAAUUUUUGCGGUCGGCGAGUGCGCGUUUGCCUAAGCGCAGUGGCGGCCUCGAUGAUGAUUACUCGGCCAGCAACUCGGCUACCACAUCACCCACACAAACUGGCCCAAUCGGACCAGCGCCAUCCCUAAACCCUCAAGAUGGCGAACGCAAGCGUGAGGAGUCCAUGAAGCGUCUGUUGGAGUGGAAACAGCGCAUGCUGCAAUCGCCACUGACGCGCAAGGGCGUACAGCAGGGUGGCAGCAAUAUGUCGGCCAUGUCCAAGCUGGGUAGCAAUCCCAACAUAUUAUUGGCCUCCACUGCCGUGGCCAGUGGAGCACGCUAUGCACCACAGGCUGGCAAAACGGGCCUUGUAGCUGCUGUUCCAGGCACAGCGGCAACCACAUCUUCGGGGUCAGCUGCGGGCAUUCAGCGUUCACGCUCCGAGACACACGCCAAUGUGGGUCCCGGCGGUGUGGUCUACAGCAACUACUCAUCGGACGAUGAAGCUGGGACUGUGGAUGAUAACUUAAGUGCGCCGGCAGGAAGGUCAGCAACAACAACAACAAGAACGACAACAACAAGUACACAAGACACAGCAAAAACAACAACAACAUUAACAGCACCAGCAGCAGCAACAGCAAUAACAACAAUAGCAAACAUAUGUAGUACUAGUAACACGAAUAUUUCAUAUACAAAACAAUCAACAACAACAUCAUUAACAACAGAUGUAGCUAGCACAACAACAACAACAACUGCAACAGCACCGACGACAGAUAUCAAGUUUCAGCUAAAACCGAUACUAAAAGUGCACGAGGCCAGCAAGACGCCCAUCAUACAAGUGCAGCCCAAGUCUUCAGAAACGAAGCCUAAACUCAAAUUAAAAUUGCCUACGAGACUCAAUGUUGAUGAUAACGAUGAUGAGGAUGACGAUGACGAAGCACCUCUUCCCAUUCUGCCAAAGAAAAAGGCGCCCAAAUCUCCACAGAACACAAACUAUGUGCCAGUUUAUAGCAACAAGUUGGUCACCGGCAACAACAGCACCUAUGAGAACGUGGAGUUUGCGCCCAGUAGGGAGACAGCGCCAAAGAGACCGGAGCCAAUAGCUUUAAUACACGAUGCCGAAGAGACACCCAUGCUGAUGCACUUAAAGCUGUAUAAGGAAACCCAAGAGGCUAAGCAGCAACGCCUGGAGGAGCAGGAGAAUGACUUGACCCCAACGGCAGAGGAAGUCCCCAAUAUAUCAGAGCCUGUCAAUGAAACUGAAGCGCAGGCAGCGACAGAUGAUGAAGAACCCCCAAAUGAAGAUGAAGACGAGGAGAGCACGGCCUGCGAAGAGUACACAGAUGAUGAUAUAGACGAGGCUUUGGCACAGGAUGAUGAGGCUGAUAUUACUGCGCCAGCAAUUAAGGAGGACAACUCCACGACCAGCAACGAGGAGAGCCAACAGUUUUAUAUGAAUGAGUCUAUAACCCUUACCACUGACCAACAGUUUGAUGAGAGUCAUUAUCUGCCCAUGACACCAAAGAAAGUGGAAGUGGGACUGUCGGGCACGCUGAGCCUUGUAGCCACAAAUGAAAGUCUCACCGAAGCGGAGGAGAACCACUAUGUUGAAAUGACUAAAGAUCUCACUGAGGAUGAUAAUAGGAGCAACUAUGAGAUCAUGUGCAUAGCUAGCAGUGUUAGUCAGACCAAGGCAAAGACUGAACCGGUCUAUAUGGAACUAGCAGGUGUAAGAGUAGGUACUGCUGCAGCAGCCGCUGCUGCUGAGGAAUCUCACUGCUCUUCUGGUCGCUCUACGCUAAAGAAGAGUAAAAAGUGCAGCAGCGAAACGUUAAAGAAGAAAACCAAAAAACCAAACUCCGAACGUGGACAUAAUAAGCGACAGGGUAAGGACAUGCCAGAUAUACUGAAGCCUGCAAAGAGUGCCUUGGCAUUAGUUAGCGACAGUUCCGAUGCAGAUGAUGAAAGCAGCAAGCAGCAACUGGAGGCCAAGAAGUUGCGCUCCCGUUCACGUUUCAGUCUGUCGGACACUUUCCGCCCGGCCUCGUAUUAUUUGGGAGCCACCACACCACUCAACAAUUAUGCAGAGAGCUCAGACAGUGAGAUUGUGCCUCCGCCCCCCAUACCAGCAUCACCGCCGCCCAUGGAGGAGCUUAAGACCGAGGAGAUCUUCUCUUCGGAACACUACGAUACGGUGAAGCGACGUGAUAGCAGCGGCAGCAAGGCGCCCGUCCACCUGUCCUACGAGCAGCUGCCAAAAAUGCAUGCGAGCAACACGUCGCUGAAUUUGUCCAAACCGGAGACAACAGCAGCUGCAGCAGCAGUGCUGAAGAGCAGUCGUCUUUCGCUGCCCGAUCACUUUGCCAAGGUUCGUGGUCAAGUGCCAAGAAUGGCAACCACGCCUACUUUGCUGCUUCAGCAACAACAUGCUCGCACCCUCUCGGAUUCGAACUACAGCUGCCACACGGACAAUAGCUCCUCGCGCACCAGCUCCGAUCUGGAGCUCUAUCACAAGUUGCAGCAGCGUUCGCCAGCCUUGGUAAAUCCGGCGCCGGGACGCAGCUCCAGCAACAAUUCACUGCCGUUGCCAUUGCGAUAUGUCGGAGAUAGCAGCGAGAAUGAGUCUGUCGAGUUUCGGCAGCAACGUCAGGGUUCCGACUCGGAGCUAGAGCGCCAACGUUCGCGUCGUCCCCUCUCCCAGGAAUCCAUAAGCGAGAUCGAAUCGCUCAGCGAGCAGUUCGAGGAGACACUCAGUAGUCACGAGCUGGACACAUACCUAAGUCAUUUACAGGGCAGCGAGCUACUGCCCUAUCAGCAUGCUGGCAGCUCCAGCCAGCUGAUGAGCGAUGUACAUGCUGCCGCAGGCGCUGAUAUUCUCACUAAUCUCAUCAAGCCACCUAAGACAUUUCGUAACGCCGAACAUGAGGAGCAUUUCUAUGGCAAUAUACACUUUUUGUCUUCCACCGAUUCCAUACAGCAAUUGGGUGGUGGUGCGGGUGGAAGUGCUGAUUGCCUGACACCACAGCAACGAUAUGUCACGCCCUUGCAUAGUCGGAACAAUAGCAACAUCUCGACACAAUCUGCUCCAUACUACUAUUCCGAACUGCCGGCGAGCUCACCGCUGAAUAAUCAGCGGGAUAUACACGCCCAUGGCUUAAAUAUAGCCCACAUACACAAUCCUAUAGAUCGGCAUCAAUUUAAUAUGGAUGCGCUGGUGGACAAGGAUCAGGCUAUUGAUAGUAAGAAUUUGUACAGCGUCAAGGAUAACAACGAGAAGCUAAGCUAUAGCUGUGCCAAAAAUCUGAAGUCGGCCAGCGAAAUGCCGUUCAAACUGAAACUAAACAAUAACAUGGGACUUAGUCCAGAGUUAGGUCCCAGCAGCAGUCAGACAAUGCCAAUUAAUCCAGCAUAUUCAUACACUACUACCAGUAACAGCAACAGCAACAUUGAGAGCAUUGCAACCACAACUUCUACUAAAAAUACAAAUCUGAGUCGUAAGGGUAAUGGUAGUCUGAUUGGCCUGGUUGGCGUGGUUGGUGUUGGUGACAUUGUUAAGCCCUCCACGACAGCAGCGGCAGAAGGAACAGCAGCAGCUGGAGCAGCAACAGAAAUAGCCGCAAUAGCUACCAAUAAUGCCAAUGAACUCUCAGUUUUAGGUGGCGAACUGCUCUGGGAGGAGGAUGCACUGUGGCGCGAGAGUCUGCGUCGCGUCUCGCAGCGUCAUGCUCGCUCGCUAGAUGAUCUCGAUCGCAUAACCGCAGCUCCACCACCCCCACCAAGUGUGCCCAAGACUUCGCGACUCACGCGUGAUGUGACCUACGUGAAUGAUAAUGUGUCGCACCAUGUGCGUGCUAGCUACAAGACGCGUCGUGUCCAUCCCCCCGACGAGCAUGAUGUUUAUGUGCAGCUAUUGGCAGCUGCCACCUCCAAUGCCAUCUCCAGCUCGGCAAUGCCGGAUGAUGAGGAGCAGGAUGUGUACGAAGUAUUGCGCGAAGAGACGGCUUCGAAUUUAUCGCACAAGUCCACAGAGCUGGAUCGCGAGACAAUACGACAGUGGGAUGCCAUGUCUAGUGGUCUCUUGAAGAACAAUAAUGUAGAAUCAGGCACGGGUGUGGCAGAGCCAACAGCUCCAGUGCCCUCCAGUGCUGGUCCCGUUCUGCCGCUGACGAGUAAUGUGCGCUCCAUAAUACAACAAUUGAAUAGCGGCAAUAAUGACGACAAUGGCAAUUCCAUUGUUACAGCUUCCAUUUCGGUGCGCAACGUGAACAAUUUGCCCAAAGGCACCCUAACUGUGAAGCCCGAGCCGUCGGAUGUGAGGCAGCACCAGUACGAUCAAAUGCAGUCCUACUACGGCAAUGCACAGGAGACGAAAUACGCCAAGGCCACAGCGCUGACGGAUCGCGGUCUUUAUGGUCCAUCCACAUCAACGCCAUUGCAGCAGCAGCAGCAACAACAACAACAACAACAACAGCAGCAGUUUGCUCUACGACGUGCCGGCAGUCGAGCUGAAAUCGAUAUGCUGGAACGUGAGACCAGCACGCAAAUACGGAACCGGCUACGCACUGCCGAGGGUCUUACACGCGCCGAGAGCAUACAACGUUUGGACUAUUUGAAGCAACAUUUGCUCGAUCUGGAGCGACAGUAUGAGAAGAGCAAGCCGUUGGUCAAUCUGGUGGACAAUAUGGUCAAGUUGGGUUCGCUCUACCGCAACGAUGCGCGCAGCAAUGAGCCGGCCACCUUGGAUCGCCUCGAGUUCAAUCAGCGCAUGCAGGAGCGCCAAAUGUUGCAGGAGGAACAAAAGCAAUGGGACCGUCUGAGUCCCAAUCAAGCCGAGCUACAGGUGCGUCAACUCUAUCAGCUAGAUCAGUUGCUGCAGGAGGAGUCAGGUACUUUGCAGAGCCUGCAGCGGGAUAAGGAGGACCUGGAACGUGCUUUGGGUGGCUUGCGAGCUCGCAUACACGACAACAAUGCCACUCCGAUGGCACUGGAGGCGGCCAAGAAGCAGCAGCACAUACUGGAGCGUGAGCUGUCACGUGUCCAUCAGCUGCUUGCCGAGAACUCAAAGAAACUGGAGCAGACAGUGGCGGGAAAUGCACGCUUGGAGCAGGAGUUGCUGGUGCUGCGCCAAAAGGUUCAAGCCUCCCGGGUAGGCAACGAUGGCUCGCAUUUAAAUGGCAACGGUGCGAGCAAUCAAACGGCUGCCGUUCUGCAGUCUGAGCUCGAGCGUGUGCAGUCGCUGGUGGGCGAUAUGCAGAGACAACGGCAUGAGUUGAGCUCCGCGGUGCGUCAGCUAACAGAGAACUCUUCGCGUUUGUAUCAGGAAAUUGGUAACAAGGAAAUGACACCGGGUAGCACAAAUGGCAGUCUAAAGAAGCGCAGCAAUUCGACCAGUUGGACAGAGACCGAUUUGGAUGCCACACACAGUGGCAACCGGCAGUUGAGCGACUCCACACUGAACCUAUCGACGCCCCUCUACGUGGACACCAGCACCAAUAACAAGCUGAGCGAUUACCAACGCUACAACGACUCAAGCGAUGCGCUUGAGAUGAGCGGUGUCGAUAGCGAUGGUUUUCUGGACACCAAUCCCUUUGCAAAUCUAAGCAAUCUGGAGAAGCAGGAGAUCAAGACGGUGCGCAUUGUCAAGCGGGAGUCGGAGCGUCGGCAUCGAGAUCGCAGUGAGCGCGGACUGAGCAGCUCACAGCAGAAUUUGGAUCAGGUGCUGGAGGAAGAACAACAACAGCAGUAUGCGAACCACCAUUACGCACACACCAAUGGGGCCGUGAGUGGCGGCUAUGCCGAGGAGCACAUGCAGAAUGGCCACAGUCGUUCCAAGUCGUUGCCACGUAAUUACAGCGAGCCACCAAAGCCACGACACAGCAAGCAUCUUAACGGUGUGGCCAAACAGAAUGGUCAUCACCAUUACGCUGCCAACGACUACGAUCGCAAUAGUAACUACGAGCAGCAGCAGCAGCAGCAGUUGCAGGCCCCAUUGAGCAAUGGCGGGACGCGCGAGCAUCUGAAUCCUCUGGCCAAUGCCUAUUUUGCUAAGCAACUGCAGCAGCAGGCACAUCCCUCCCGGGACAGUGCCCGCGUUGCUCUACGCACCAAUACCGAUUCGCUGCAGAGUCUGAACAAGAGUCUCACGGACAUCAGUCCUGAACCGGUGUUCCAGAGCGUGGCCGCACGUCAAAUCAUCAACGAAAUGUCCGCUGGCUCUGCAUCUGAGGACACAGAGAAGUUAGUGGAGAAAGUACCGGCAUCUCAUAAGCAUCGGCGAGCUGUGCCGCGCGAAAAGCGUCGCCACUACACAGCACCCAAUAAUGUGAAUCAGAAGGCCAUGGAGAAGGUGCAGGCGGAGAACGAUAUGAACCGCAAUAAUACCAACUGGCGGGCACGUGAUGAUCUGGACAUGGAGGUAGCGUUGCGACCACGCAUGAAUGCACCAGAUGUGGUGCGAUCCGCUCUGGGCGGGCAUGGCGAGAAAAUCUCUGAGAACACCAUCGACAACUUGCUGUUGGCGCCGAAUAAAAUUGUCAUACCUGAACGUUAUAUACCCGAAACAACGCCCGAACUGUCGCCUGAGGAGAAGAAGCGUCGCCAAGAGAAGGUCGAGUCGAUUAAGAAAAUGCUGGCCGAGGCGCCCAUAAGCACUGCCAAUGAGAACGAGAGCUUGCCGCCCAGUAAGAUCAAUGCGGAAAAGAAACAACGCGAACACUUGCUGCAACUAAAUCAGAUCUUGGCCCAACAGGUCAUGCAAGUUAGCAAGAUAGUUGCUGAGAAAGCCAUGUCGAAAACAGCCGGAAAGUCGAACCAGGCGAGCGAUGAGGAACAACGCCGCUCGGAAUCACCAAGCGAACCACUGCCGAUAUACCAACAACGCGACAAUUUUUAUAGUUAAAUGAAAACAAAAAGAAGAAAUAUAUAAAAAUCUACCGAAGAAAAAAAAGAAGAAGCACAAUAACAGCUGCAUUUAUAUUAAAAAUCAAACUAAAACUUUGCUAACAAUUUAAUCGAAAUCGAAACAACAACAAAAUAGCGAAUUCGUAUAUCAAUGUUUUUUAUAUGGGACUGAAGUAAAAAUUUGUUAAAAGACUAUUCACCAGCAACAAUUAAUUGAGGGGCAAAUUAACGAAUUUUUGAGCAAGCAUCGUAAACAAUUUGUGUUGUUAGAGCGUAAACUAUGCAUAUAUAUGCCUAUAACUAUAUACUAUACAAUAUACAUAUAAACUCUAUGUACAUAUGUGUGUUUGUAUACAUAUGUGGAAAUCAAAGAUGCAACAUAUCAAUGUCAAUGUUAAAUCAAUUACAUAAAGUGUUAGAAAAGCGUUCUUUAAACUAUCAUAAAGAUUGUUGGCAGUCAGUUAAUUAUUGUCUAUUGCAUGCACGAGUAUAUUGUAACUUUGAUGUCAGUUUUGUAAACGUUCCUGUGCAUUUUUUUGUAUCAUUUCGAUUGCAGGCUAAUGAAAGGACAGUGGCAUGUGCAAACAUUUGUCUUGACAAAACUAAAUACAAUAACAGUGAAGACUUUUGUAAUAGACUUUGAGAAGUAGCGCAUUUUCCCCUAUAAAGUCCUUUAAUAUACUAUACAUACAUACCUAUAUAGUGCAGACAUACAGACUAUAAUAAACAACAACAGCAACAACUAUAUAGAGACUCAACAAUAUACAUACCAACAAUGAUAAGAACAAUUUUUGAGCCAACUAUUGCAUUUGAUAUACAAAUAAAAUUAGAGUUUUUAAAUAGAAAAUCAAACAGCAGCAUGGCAUCAAAGAUAGUGUGUAGUUGAUAGCGAUAAGAUAUCUAAAUCGAACGAAAUCGUAGAAUCGUCAACUUCACGGACUCACGGCGCACCAUUCAAGAACUUCGGAAACCUUAAAGCCUUCAAAACCUUGGCAAUUGCAAUUGCAAACGUACCUAUCACAAGAAUAUAAUUUAAUUGUAUUUAAAACCCAAGCAACAUAACGCUGAAA